UCGCUCAUCAGCAUCAGCAUUGGCUAGAGCUACCUGAAUUUCUUGUUUUUUCUUUCUAUAUGCUACUCCAUUCCAUUUCUUGAACUGCAACCUGAAGUCCAAUAGAUGGUGAAACACGAUCGAUUACUGCAAGCAAGCGAGCACCUCGCACCCUGCUCCCGACACCGAAGUUACGUGCAGACAUCCGACUGAUUGCAUAGCGGUAUAGAACGUUAUACAAUUCGGAGGACAUGAAUGUAUCUCCUGACCAUGCAAACCCCGACGCCAUCAACUGCACCAUGUAUUCGGUGUUGUCCGUUUGGCAUCAGUCUUGUAUCACAGUUGUACAACCCUUACCACGUGUUCCUUUGCAUUGCUUAGCAAUGGUAGGAGGCGAUAGGAACACAGACGUAUGCCACUAGCAUGGUGCGCGCACCUCGUACAAAUUGUUACUUAUGCGGCUCUUUCCGCUCGACAACCUGUCCCCAUUGCACCCAUAUUUAUUUAUGCUUCCUUUCCAAAUAAUUCACUACUCGGUCGCCCCAAACUACGCCUCCUCCGCUGCUUCGACAGUCCUUGUCCACCCCAACUGUCGGGCAACCGAUCGAGGCUCCACGCAGCGUGCCAUCGACCAUACUGCACUGAUGUGAGGGCAGAAACACGAACCACUGCCACGCUAAUCGCAGCACGUAAAUAGGAUGCAGUGAUGUGCCAAGUAGCAGCCCUUGCAUUCGUGACUAUGCCGGCAAAACCAAGGACAAUGAGGAUAGUCUUCAUCCCCGUUGACAGAUAUUACUGCUGUCAAAGCAACUGCAGUUGCGAGGACAAAGGAGAGACGCAUUUUUUGUGAGGAUGUGGUAUGAGAUCGAGUAAGUCUGAAGGUGAUAGUGGGAAGACGACUUGCUUUUAUGUGCCGAGUAUUGAUCUUCAUGACAAUGUAGUGAGAAUUUAUCCACCUGAAAUUGCAUUUCGAACAGAU